GGUCUUUUACCCCUUUAGGUUGGGGCAGCCACAGUCCUUUAGCUCUGUUUCGCCGAAUUCUUCUUUCUCGAGCCCUGAUUUCCUAGUUACACCUUUUAAGCUUUUUACCUUUUGUCUCCUUCCUUCGCAGUUCAUCAUGCAAAAACAAGACGCGUCCCGGCACGGUUUUCAGCCUAGCUUCCAACAUUUCGCCACGCAGGCCAUCCACGUGGGCCAGGAACCGGAGCAAUGGAACUCCCGCGCGGUGGUACCCCCCAUCUCGCUGUCCACCACGUUCAAGCAAGGGACACCUGGCCAGCACUCGGGAUUUGAAUACAGCCGUUCUGGAAAUCCCACUAGAAAUUGCUUGGAAAAAGCUGUGGCAGCACUGGAUGGAGCUAAGUAUAGUUUGGCCUUUGCUUCUGGUCUAGCAGCUGCUGUGACAAUUACUCAUCUUUUAAAAGCAGGAGACCAAAUUAUUUGCAUGGAUGAUGUGUAUGGUGGUAUGAACAGAUACUUCAGGAAGGUGGCAGCUGAAUUUGGAUUAAAGAUUUCUUUUGUGGACUGUACCAAAACCAAAUUGCUAGAAGAGGCAAUUACACCAGAAACCAAGCUUGUUUGGAUUGAAACCCCCACAAACCCUAGCUUGAAGGUGGUUGACAUUGAAGCUUGUGCACAUAUUGCCCAUAAGCAUGGAGACAUUAUUUUGGCUGUGGAUAACUCUUUUAUGUCUCCAUAUUUCCAGCGACCUUUGGCUCUGGGAGCUGAUAUUUGUAUGUGUUCUGCAACAAAAUACAUGAAUGGCCACAGUGAUGUUGUCAUGGGCUUAGUGUCUGUUAAUUCUGAAGACCUCCAUGACAGGCUUCGCUUCUUGCAGAACGCUAUUGGAACCGUUCCAUCUCCCAUUGACUGUUACCUCUGUAAUCGUGGUCUGAAGACACUAGAACUUCGAAUGGAGAAGCAUUUCAAAAAUGGAAUGGCUGUGGCCCGGUUCCUGGAAGCUAAUCCCCGGGUAGAAAAGGUUAUUUAUCCUGGGCUGCCCUCUCAUCCGCAGCAUGAGUUGGCCAAGCGUCAGUGCACAGGUUGCCCUGGGAUGAUCAGCUUUUACAUUAAGGGCACUCUUCAACAUGCCAAGGUUUUCUUCAAGAACUUGAAGUUGUUUACUCUGGCUGAGAGCUUGGGAGGAUAUGAAAGUCUCGCUGAGCUUCCGGCACUCAUGACCCAUGCAUCAGUGCCUAAGAAUGACAGAGAUAUUCUUGGAAUUAGUGACACACUGAUUCGACUCUCUGUGGGCUUAGAAGAUGAAAAAGACCUGUUGGACGAACUCGAUCGAGCUUUGAAGGCAGCACAUCCUUAAGUGAAGAUUACUACUAGCAAUCCAUAAGCAGUGUUAAUUGCUGCUUCUCAAGAUGACUGGAAGCUUCUGAACAAUUGAAGGGACCACCAAUGAGCCUUUGCAGAAUUUUCAAAUGAGAAUUUGAAGGCACUGUACAACUUUUGACAACUAUAAUGGUAUAGGGAUCUUCCCCGAUGAAAAGUUCCUUUAUGUUUUAUUGUAACAGAUCAAUUCUGUUAGUGUCUUUUUUUUGUUGUUGUUAAUUUUCUUAUACCUGUGAGAUUUGUGGUGCUUUCUGGGAUCAUGUUGUUUUCAUAGCAUAAGGUUUAUUUUGAUUAUGUUCUCAGUAUAUGGCUAAUUCAUCUUUGUUUUGUGUGAAGUCGAAUUAUGAAAUGAGUUGUCUUUAACUGAGUGAUUUUUUGUAUGUUAUUGAAAAA